CGUCCGCCGCCUCAUGAAUAUGCAAAGCGGGCUGAGUCAAAGCUCCUGGGCGAGUUUGUGUAGCUCUCUGCACAGCUUCAGUGCUUGGGACUUUUUUUUUUCCUAUUUUUCCUCCCAGAGAGACAAAACUCCAUUUUUUUUCUUAUGAAUGGAAAGUGAAAAAAUCCGAUCUGCUUAAAUUGGGAUCCUUUCCUCUGGCAGGAGGACCCCCUUUGGAAAAAUAAAAAAAAAGGGGGAUCCACAUUAAAAAAAAAAAAAAUCUACCCCCAAAAAAAAUUAAAUGCAGGAAAAAGGAAGAGAGAAGCAAUGACCAUGACUACUAUGCCAGAGAGUCUUAGCAGCCCGGUGUCAGGGAAGGCUGUGUUCAUGGAGUUCGGGCCGCCGAACCAGCAGAUGCCACCUUCCCCCAUGUCUCAUGGGCACUACUCCAUGCACUGCCUGCACUCCCAGCAUGACAGCUCCUACAGCAGUGCCUCAUCCUUCUCCAGACCCCUGGGCUACCCCUAUGUGAACUCGGUGAGCAGCCAUUCCUCUAACCCCUACAUCAGUACCGUGCAGCCCUACCCCAACAGCUCCAGCCUCAGCCAGAGCCGACUGGAGGAGACAGGGGCAGAGACAGAGAAGAGCACGGUGGUGGAAGGUGGCGAGGUCCGCUUCAACGGGAAAGGGAAGAAGAUCCGCAAGCCCAGGACUAUAUAUUCCAGCCUGCAGCUGCAGGCACUCAACAGGCGCUUCCAGCAGACGCAGUACCUGGCACUACCCGAGAGAGCCGAGCUGGCAGCUUCACUGGGACUCACCCAGACACAGGUAAAAAUCUGGUUUCAAAACAAAAGAUCCAAAUUCAAGAAGCUGAUGAAGCAGGGGGGCUCAGCUUUGGAAAACAGUGCAUUGGCUAAUGGCAGAGCACUUUCAGCCGGAUCCCCUCCUGUACCCCCUGUAUGGAACACCCCCACUUCUUCUGGCAAAACCACCUCUGGGACCCCAGCAGCUUACAUCCCAAGCUAUACCUCUUGGUACCCAUCAGCCCACCAAGAAGCCAUGCAGCAACCUCAGCUAAUGUGAUGGCUGCAGCCAAAUCUCCCAUUGGAGACCCACCAUAAAACUGUAUAAAAACAAACAAUCUACACGAAAUGACAAAUUACAUUUAGAAGAGAAGCUCUGUGCCUUUAUGAGCGUGGUGACUCCAUGUUACAGGCCUGGAGGACAGAUAAUGCGCCAAUGUGAUGCGGGCUGGUACCCAACUGUUGACACCUGGCAUAGCAGUCUCUACCCAUUGUAUCACCAGGCACGGGGCAGCCUGGCGGCAGGGAGCGAGGAACACACUAUAUUCUGAGGACAAUUGGAACAAAGAUGUUUGUAAUGGGGGAACAAUAACAAUACCCUCUCAUGUCUGUCUUUGUCUUGGUAUUAUGUACUCAUUUAUCAAAUAUCUCAAACAACCACCCACAAUCAACAAAUUCCCUUUUAGGAGCCAACCUUGUUAGUUCCUUAUCUUAAUUAAGAAAAAUUAAAAAAAUUUCGAGGAUCAAUGGAAAUUCUUUAGUAUCUAUUUGAGGAAAAUGAUAAAUUCCUAAUAACAACCACCAGUGUUUGGCAAAGUGCACUGUUUCCUAAAAAUUCCAUUAUUCAGUCAAUUAUAAAACAUUUUGUACUUUAAAAAAAUAAGAGCUUAGGUUUACGUGAUUUUGCAUUUUCUACACCUUUCACAGUGUUUUUAUAGAAUAUUAUCAGUUAUAGUAUGUUGAUCAUGCAGAAUAGUGCAUGUUCUAUACAGUAUUUAAAUCCCUGUGGGGACAAGAUGUUCUAGAUACCAGGGCAAUUGGCUGUAGGCUAGACAGCUCUCUUCAAAACGUUGUUUUUUUUUUGUUUUUUUUUAACCCCAUACCUUGAAUGCCAAUUAGAGUUUUUUGUUUGUUCAUUUUCUUCUUCAUCCCCUCAACUUGCAUAUACUAACCCUUCAAUGCUGGCUAUCAGAGAAACCACAUAUUGCGGCGCAGUAUGUUGCAAGAUAAAGUGGGUUAAUAUCUGCAAGCGCUACCCCCUUGUACAUAAUGUUACUAGUGUUCUGUGAAGUUGUUUGCACAAAUUUUUCUGCCCUCUCCUGUUUUCGUUCUGCGUGCCUGUAACCACGAUGCUUUGUGAUAUGAGAUCUUGACAUCUUUGUGAAAUUUGAAAUAUGUGAUUACUGAAAUCAGUUGUGUUUAGUGUUCUUAUAUGUCAAAAGUUUAGUUUUAUAUUGAAAAUGUUAACUUAUUUCUUUGUAUCUUAAACAAAAAAACUUUGUAUAUAAGUUAUAAAGUUUCUUUAAGACAGUAAAAUGGUUUUGAAAAAGA